GGCGAACGGACUGAAGCCGCUCGCUGGUGAAGGGAUGCGGGUGUCGAGAUAUUUCUGGAGGGGGCUUUGGGGAGGACGGGAGGCCCAGAUGCACCAGCCGCUACUGCCCUUUAGGCUCUGCUCUCCCUCCUCCUACCCUCCCCCUUGCAGAAAUGCCGGGACGUGGGGCCACGUAGAGGCUGAGCAUAUGUGACACCUGUGUUUCCCAGUGGCUUCCACACUUUACCACGCUCUCCCCCCACACCUUAUACUGAUCUCCUGCCUUCCAGAUGUAUAUUUUCAUCAGUCUAUCGCUUCUUGCCUGGAAUAGGGUACUCGGAAGUUGAAGACGGAUUUUAGACCACUUAUAUAUUAGAGUCCCUGAGCUACAGUAUUUCUUCUACUGGCUUCUGGUCUUAAGGAUCAGUAUGACACCUAUAAAAAGAAAAGAGCUGGACGUCUGUUGAAUUCCUGCGUGGCCAAGUUCCGAGCAAACUGGUGCCCAGUCGAAUCCUCAUUUGGUGUUCUUAGAAUUUCCUUUCUCGCCAUCCUAACCUCACGGACAACCAGCUGGCUUGGUUGCACUUAGCACCACCCAUCCUAUCUGACUAGUUAGCUUACCUCCAAAGUAGGAACUCUGAACCCAGACACUUCCGGUGUGGAUUCUGUCUUGGUUGCCAAAGCCUAACCCCAGAUGAACUGCUUCCUCUUUCUCCAGCUGAGAAUUCGAUGUCCCAUUUGCUAGUACAGAACGCUCUUCCCUGCUUCUCCUUUGGAUAUUUCAGAAACGAAAGAAAGCCUUUUUUAGUGCUGCAAGGAGGGGGACUUUUGGAGUAUAGAGUCUUGGAUUUUGGUCCUGGCUCUGCCACUUUCUGUGUGGCCUUGAGCAAAUUCAUUGUCUUCUAGCUUUAGCUUACCUUUGCAUAACAUGGGUGAGUGCCUUCUGACCAGCAGGCUCUUGUCCAGUUCUUCCUUACUGUCCUCCAGCAGGCAUUCCACAGAGGCCCAGACCCCUCUGCUCCCCAUGGGCAGCUGCCAGGCAGGGCACAACUUGCACCUCUGUCUGGCUCAUCACCCACCUUUGGUCUGUGCCACUUUGAUCCUGCUGCUCCUUGGCCUCUCAGGUCUGGGCCUUGGUGGCUUCCUCCUCACCCACACAACUGGCCUUCGUAGCCCUGACAUUCCCCAGGAUUGGGUUACCUUCUUGAGAUCUUUUGGCCAGCUAAGUCUGUGCCCCAUGAAUGAGACAGUCACAGGGAAGUGGCAAGGGCCUCACGUCGUCGGCUUACUGACCACUUUGAACUUCGGAGGUGAUCCAGACAGAAACAAAACCCAAACAUUCCAAGCCAUGAUCCCUGGUAGUCAGAUAGGAUUUAAAGAGAUUGCCGGAGAGUCUGUCCUUGUCACAGCCAGAGUGGCCGCAGGAAGGACUCCAGGGACCUGCCUGUAUUUUAGUGGUAUUCCAAAAAUUCUGCCCUCUAGCCAACCACCUAUAUCCUGCUCAGAAGAGGGAGCUGGAAAUGCUACCCUGAGCCCAAUGAUGGGUGAGGAGUGUGUCAUAGUCUGGAGCCACGAACGCUUUGUGCUCACCAAGCUGCUGACCUCAGAGGAGCUAGCUCUGUGUGGCAGUAGACUGCUGGUCUUGGGCUCUUUCCUGGUUCUGCUCUGUGGUUUUCUCUGCUGUGCCACUGCAGCGUGCUUCCAUCCACGUCCCGAGUUCCACUGGUCUAGGGCACGGCUUUGAGGUUGACGGACUGUGCCUUACUCUGCUGUCAGGUACAGAUCCAGUUCUUGGGGCCUACUUCUGAGUUUAGAAGACCUAUUAGAAAAAUGAAGAACUGGACUGUGGGAAAAUAAAUGGCUUUUGACUAC